AUGGCCACCUCAAAUGGAGAUACGUCCAAUCGAAUACUCAAGGUCCUCAUGCUCCACGGCUACACACAAUCUGGACACAUGUUCGAGAUCAAGACCAAGGCACUGAAGAAAUCGCUCGAAAAACACUUCCCUCCCGCCCCCAAACCGGGCCAUCUCCGACAAUUCCCCGGCGGCAUCGAACUCAUCUACCCUACCGGUCCCAUCCGUCUCAACCCCGCAGACGUGCCUGGCCACGAUGGCGAUGGCCCGUCAGAUAUGAUCGAGGCCUACGGGUGGUGGAAACGGAAGGGUGAGGACGAGCCGUACACUUACGAAGGGAUCGAGGUCGGACUUGAUACGAUUGCGACGGUGUUGAAGGAAUCAGGGCCGUUUGAUGGUGCCUUGGGCUUUUCGCAAGGAGCUGCGGCGGCAGGCAUGGUUGCUGCGCUGUUGGAGCCGGGACGACGGGAGAGUUUCGAGCAGCAUCAAGCGAAAGGUGGAAUGCGAUAUCCAGACUCUUUCACCAAGGACUCCGGGUUCAUUGAGGAAUGUAUACAUCCUCCGUUACGCUUUGCGGUGUCGUACUCUGGCUUUGGCGCUUCGACCCAUGAGCUCUACAAGGCUUUCUACGAACCGAAGAUUCAAACGCCCAUGAUGCAUUUCAUUGGAAGUGUGGACACUGUCGUUUCUGAAGAACGGUCGUUGAGGCUGGUGGAGGCUUGUGUCGAAGGACAAGGCCAGAAAGGCGGUGUUCAGCGAGUGGUGUAUCAUCCUGGUGGACAUUUUCUGCCCAGCAGUCAGAAGCAGUAUGUCGCUGCAUUGGUAGGUUUCAUUCGAGAGGCGCUUGGUGAGCCAGUGGAUGGAUCUGGAGCGGCGACACCGAGGCAAGAGGAAAAGGUGGAGGAUAUGGAUGUGCCUUUUUGA